UAUGCUUUCCUAAUUGUAUACUGUUAAGAACAACAACAACGUAUUGCUAAGGUUAAGCGCAUAUAAGUGUAUAGAAAACACACUAAGGGUACUCAUGUAAACGAUUAAAAGUCAGGCAAACUGUGCAAUCUGUGCAUUUUUCAACUCUCCAAAAUUAAAUUUUUAAAAUUGUAUUGAAAUUCAUUAGCACAACCCAAAUAAAUUUACUCGACAAUUUAGCCUGGCAAACUUGAAUUGUUUAGUUGUGCAUUUGAUAAAUGAAAAAAAAAUUAUUUUCAUUUGUCAAUUUUUUUAAGCGGGAUAGAAAAAAUCUUAACAAAUUUAUAAUUUCGCAAAUAAGUGCCUUUAAAAAAGGGGGUUUUCGUUAAUUCGUGCAAAAAGAUUUAUGUAUACAUUUGUAAAUAAAUGGCGGAGGUAAGUUUACAUUUAAAAAAUAAAUUCAGAUCUAAUAACAUAUUUUUUAAAGAAAACAACAGAGAAGCCUUUAAAGCGAAAAAGAAUAAAUGGAACUCAUCGUUGGACUGAUGCGGAAACGCUCCAUUUAGUGCAAGAAGUUGCUGAAGAAGUAAAAGACAAGAUAGAAUCAUAUGAAAAACCAACCGCGCAAUAUUUUUAUAAAAAAAUUGCAGCAAAAUCAGCUAUACCAAAAUCUAUUGAAUGGGUGCCUAUGAAAAAUAAAAUGAGACAUCUUAAAUCAUUUUAUAUGUCUGCACUCAAUUGGAGAAAUCUAACUGGUUCAGGUCUUCUUGCUACUGGGAAUGAAAAAACAGCCGAAGAAUACAUUGAUAAAAUUUGUCCAAUGUUUAAGUAUCUUGAACAAAUAUUUGGUCAAAGACGAGGUGUGAAUCCUUUAAUAAUUAUAGAGACGUCAAUGGAGGAUCAAGAUAUUGAUUGUGUUGUUGGAGAAGUAGAAAUCUUUCAAGUUUUAUUGAUAAAGAAGAAUUCUUUGAAACUUCCGAAAACAAUACAAGUAGUUCUCCAGAAGCUUCAUUUAGCUCACAGACAUCAAUUGAUUCUAUAUCAUUAAAAGAAUCUAUGAAAAAAUUCCAAAAAAGACUCCAAAAUCGAAAAACACGAGUCUAUUUUCUAUGCUAAUUUUCCUACAAGAAAAUGAUAUUUAUCUGGCAACGCUAUGCCUGAGCAAACGUGCAGUUUUUUAUACAGCUGAUCAUUUUUAUUUUUUGUACUUAAUUUGAUCUUUCAAUUAGAUUAAAAAUUGAUUUGAUUAAUUAAAUUAUCCUCCGGAACUAGGAAUUAUCCUCGGGAACUUGCUUUUUCACAUAAUAUUUGAGCUUCUAUAAGAGUGUUGCUUGCUGCUGCUGUUGUUGUUGUUGCUGUUGAGUUUUAUUUCAUCUGCCAAAUUUUUUUCUGGGAAUUAUGCCUUCGACUAGAAUUUUUAAAUGUGUUGUCUGCUCAGAUAAUAUUUGUAAAACUCAACCAAGUAUUCAGUGCUGCUCGUGUAAAUUAUGGGUACAUGUCAAAUGCUCAGGCACUAAUGAAAAGGACUUGGCAGGUUUAAAAGGCAAUAAAUAUACAUGCUCUAACUGCAAUAAUCAGCCUCGAACACCUGAAACUGAUGGUUCAGUGAAAAGUGAAAUAAGUGCUCUAAAAAGUGUUAUUGAUAAUUUUAUUAACAAAGUUGAGAAUGACCAUAUAUCUGCCAAAUCUGAUUUGAGUAGCCUUAACACAAAAAUUGAUAAUUUUAUUAUGAAUAAAACAAACUCUGGCUGACACUAUUGCCAGCUUCAGGUCUGAAAUGGCCUCAUGUUUUAGGGAGAUGAAGUCUGAGAUACUUGAAUGUAAUAAAUUAAUUGCAAAUAUUGACAAGUCCACCUCAACUAAAAUUAUGGCUUUGGAAAAUGAGAAUUAUGUAUUACAUAGGCGUUUAAAUCGAGCCGAUAUCAUCAUUAGUGGUCUUCCUAAUGGAAUUGAAAACCUUUUUGAUCCGAUAAUAAAGAUUGGUUCCUAUUACAAUAUAUCCAUAUCAAAAAAUGACAUCAAUCACGUUUGUUAUAUACAUCAGCGGAAAUCUGUGCUUGUUAAAUUUAAUAACGUUUUUCUUCGUGACAACAUUAUGAGUGCUUAUUUUAAAACUCGUUCCUUAAAAGUUGCUGAUGUUGUUGAGGGUAAUAUUGAUCUAAGGAUUUAUUUAAAUGAUCAUUAUGGACCUGCUGCUGGAAAAUUAAAUGCAAUUUGCAGAAAACUAUUACAAAAGAAGGUCAUAAACAAGUAUCGUAUCUUAAAUGGUGACAAAUUGCUGGUCAAACUGACUAUGUCUGAUGGAAGUGUGGUGAUUCAUAACGCUGUUGAAUGUGAUUCUUUACUACAUGGUUUUUAAAUAUUUGUUAGUAAUUUUAUUUUUUGCUAUCAAUCCUAAUUAUCUAUGUUAACUAUUUUUUAAACCUUUUUUUAUUCGAAUCAAAAUGUAAUUUAAAUUAAAAGGCUGUUUUAGCGUGAAGUAUGCGGAAGAAUAAUUACUUCCCCUAUAUCCUACUUUUGCAUUAGUCUGUACACGAAUUUAAAUGUAAUUGUUUUUCAUUCCUAUUUUAGAAUUAUUAUUUACAAUUUUAAUUUUAAAUAUCUACAGCCUUUUAAUUCAAAUAACUUUUAUUAUUUUGUAUAGUUAUUUUUGUUGAACUUAUUUUUUUUUUUAUUUUUUAGCUAGUUAACCUAAUUUUUUUGAUCUCAUAUACAUAUAACUAAUGAUUAGCUGUAUACAAUUAGUAAUUUAAUUUUCUUGUGUAAUUAUAAUGUUUUUUGUUAAUAGCUAUUAUAAUUUAUUCUAUUGUCGUUGGUUCCCCAUUUUAACUUUUUUACUUGAAUCAAAUGGCUCUUGACCUAAGUAGUGGUCCUUCAUUCAGUAGUGGUUAUUAUAUGAGAAGUGUAUUGCAUAAUCAUAGCCAAAAUUUUAAUAUUGCUCAUCUUAAUUGCCAGAGCAUUAAACCUACAAGUAAUUACUCAAAAAUUGAUGAAUUGAGGUCGUUUGUAAAUCAUUCUUUUUUGGAUGUGUUUGCGGUUACUGAAACCUGGCUUAAGCCGGAUGUUUCUAGUCAGUCUGUUGAGAUUCCUGGUUUUGGGUUUUGCAGGAAUGAUCGUUUAGCUACAAGAGGUGGUGGUGUUGGGAUCUAUAUAUCUAGUAAGAUCAGGUACAAACAAGUUUUUAAAAUCUCAGAUGUAGGUGUUUGUGAGUCUUUAUUUGUUGAAUUGUGCUUCAAUGAUAGUGUUUUUCUUAUUGGUGUGGUUUACUUACCACAUGGGGAUAUUGGAUCAUUUGAAAGUUUUCAUCAUAAUCUCUUUUCUUCUUAUUUAAACAUUAUUGUUGUUGGUGACUUCAACUGUAAUAUGUUUGACAUUGCAAAGUCUUGUGCCAUGCGUUCGAUAUGCCAUAGAUGUAAUUUGUCAUUGGUUCAUAAUUCUCGACCCUCGCACUUUGAUAUUGCGCACGGUUCCACUUCGUUAAUUGACUUUUGGUUAGUAAGUGAUAUUUCUUCUGUAUAUCUCUCUGAUCAAAUGCUAUGCCCAUCAAUUUCUCAUCAUGUAUUACUAUUUUGUUCUUUUUAUAUUAGGGCUGAACGUGUUAAUGAGUAUUAUGAAUAUCGCGACUUUAACCUUAUUAAUUGGGAUGAAUUACAUUUGCGGUUGUCUAAUUUCGAUUUCUCACAAUUCUUUUCUGGCGAUGUCGACUACCAAUGUUCCUCUAUAUCUAAUCUCACUAAUUUGCUCUUUUCUUGUGUUCCUAUUGUUAGAAAGAGAAUUAGGUAUGAUGAUGUUGAUUGGAUGAAUUCCAGUAAUAUUAGGCUUGCUCUUUCUCUUCGUGAUUUGUCUUAUCGUGCGUAUUUAUCUAAUCGUUCGCUGUGUUAAUGAAAGUGAACUGUGUGACGCCUUACUAAACGUUAAAUCGAGAUCAGUUGGGGUUGAUAAUAUACCUAUUCGAUUUAUCAAAUUGAUUUAUCCUUUAAUAUCAGAACACUUACUUUUUCUAAUUAAUAAUAUAUUGACUACUUCUAAGUAAAUUUCCCUCAUACUGGAAGAUAGCUAGAGUUGUUCCUAUUCCAAAGUCUAGAGUUGUUCAUGGUCCUGGUGAUCUUCGUCCUAUCUCAAUUCUUUCUGUUUUAUCGAAGGUUGUUGAACAUAUCAUGAAAGAUCAAAUACUUUCUUUAGUAUCUAACGCUAUUUAUGAAAAACAGUAUGCUUAUCGUAGGAGUUUUAAUACGACUUCCCUACUUUUAUCGUUAACUGAUUGUAUUAGGCAGAAUGCUAAUGACAACAACUAUAGUGUUCUUAUUUCUCUUGAUCUUUCGAAGGCGUUUGAUUCUAUAAGCCAUUACAGUUUGAUAUGUAAGCUUAGGGAUGAAUUUAAUUUUUCUGGUUCUGCCUGUAAGCUUAUAUUUUCUUAUUUGUCUAACAGAUCACAGUUUGUAGUUUUAAAUGGGAUUAGUUCGAGUUUGCGUUUCCUUUCGUCAGGAGUACCUCAAGGAUCUGUUUUAGGACCUCUUUUAUUCAUGUUAUAUAUAAACAGUCUACCCUAUUUUGUUAACUCUACAAUUUGUGAUACUUUUUUAUUUGCUGAUGAUGUUUUUUUGUUAUUUAAAUGCUCUUUGGAUUUCGAAGACGUUUUGGUAAAUAACAUUAACUUUGGCUUAGAACGGGUCCUUGAGUGGACCUCAUUUAACUCAUUGACUAUAAAUCCUUCCAAAACCAAAGCCAUUAUGUUUGGUCCUACCAAUCGUUUUUUUUGUUGACAUUAAUUUGUAUUUAGGUGGUGUACGUAUUUAUUUUGUAGAUCAACUUAAAUGCUUAGGUGUCAUUUUGGAUUCAAAACUUUCCUUUUCUAAUCAUAUUGAUAUGUUAAGUUCUAGACUUUUUGGAAUUUUUCGCCGGAUUUAUUCGUUGAAUAUGUACUUGCCAUAUCGAGUUAGAAUUCGAUUAUCAUGGGCUUUGUUAAUGUCACAUAUUUUUUACGGUUUUGAAGUUUUUACUGGUACGUGUUCUAUGCAUUUGAAAAAAGUUAAUCGUAUGAUUAAUAUGGUGGUACGUUUUAUUUAUAAUGUUCGACGUCGUGACCAUAUUUCUUAAUAUUUUAUUCGCUUUCUUGGCUGCACUUUUGAUGAACUUGUUACGUAUCGAAAUUUAGUCUUGUUUUAUAAAGUAAUUAAGGUACGUAGACCGUUGCCUUUAUAUAGUUCCUUUAUAUUUUUGCGAUCUAUAAGAAACCCGCAGCUUUAUAUACCGAGAAUAUCUUCAAAUUUUUUUGAAAAAUCGUUUAUUAUAAGGGUUGCACGUUGGUGGAAUCACUUACCUUUUGAUUUAAGAAUAUUUUCGCAUUCAAAUAAUGCUUUUCGACUGAAACUUUUAAGGCUCUUUUCAAAUCACUGAUAUUUUAAUAAUAUCAGUAUUUGAAAUUUAGGUAUCAAUACCUAAAUUGGCUCAUAUACUCUUUUGCUACUGAAUUGGACCUUUGUAACUUUUUAUAUAAGUUUUUUUUUCCUGGCUGGGGAGCCAAUUUGAUCAAUUUGGUAAAUUUAAUUUUAGCUAUUGAAUGAAUUAUAGUAAUGUUAUUAUUUAAUGUAUUAAUAUACAUAGUUUUAAGUAUUCAGGUAUUAUUGUUACUGCUAUGUAAUAUUUUUAUUUUGGCCUCUUAGGCUUAUAUUACAUGUUAUGAAAAUAAAUAAAUGAAAUGAAAAGAAAUUGGAAAUAGAAGUAAAAAAAUUUGACCUUGAAAGGGAAAUAUCCGAAAAUGAAAUUAAAAAUCCAAAAUCCAAUU